GCGCACGGUUUCUAUUAAAAUAAAAUUCUCCUUCGGCUAUAUAAAUUGCGCACUCACCUUCUCCUAAAACGACCGCUGCCUCUAUCCUCUCUCCUUCUCUGAGCGCCACCACGUCUUCGGCCGUUCUCUCUGGCAACACAUCUCACUAUUUGCAGUUGGUUUAACUCUCUACACUCUCAACACAAUUAAUGUCGUUUUAUUCACGUGGUCGUGAUUUCUUAUUCUGUCAUUUGUGUGGGACAAAGCUUCAUUAUCCUUCAAUUCAUUAUGCACAAUGCCCCUUGUGCAAAACCAAGAAAGGCUUAGAAGGUAUUAAAGAUAGGGAAAUAAGUUACACAGUUUAUGCUGAGGAAAUUAGAAGAGAACUUGGAAUCAGUCAAAUUGAAGAUAUGGAGAUGAAAGAGUCUACGUGCAACAAGACAUGUGAGAAAUGUGGUUUUGGUGUAGCUUCCUAUUUUACCAAACAGAUGAGAUCCGCGGAUGAAGGGCAAACUACUUACUACAAAUGCAAGCAGUGUGACCAUCAGUUUCAGGAGAAUUAAGUUGGAACUGUAUAUGAACAGAUAGAUUGUCUACACUAUUUACUUUCUUUUUUGUCCUCUUGAGUGAAUUCUGCUGGCUCUUGUUUGCAUAAUGCAGAAACCACCUUUUUCUAUUUUUAUCCCUUCAAUUUUUUAUGGAUAUUCCUACAUUACUAAGGUAUUGUGGUAUGGUGUUUCCUAUAGUGUGCUUAUUUAUCUACAACUUUGUGUGUUGAUGUUAGUACUUAGCUCCUUUUUUUGGUAAACACUGACUACUUGGAUCAGCUAGUGUUUGUAUGAAUUUAUUUUCUUUUCGAUAUCA